UUUGGUCAGUUGUGGCUGCAAUGGCGACGCUGACGCGGAAGCUGUUCCGGCAGAAGUCGACCCGCAUUGACAUGAAAUUUCUCGAUGAGGAGCAGCCGCCUGCUCGAAGAAAGGUAUCCGACGCAUCGAGGGCAUCACAGCAGGCGCCAGAGCCUGUUGAACCUCCGGCACCAACGAAACGACCGACUAGCAUCGUCCUCUCGUCAACCGAGCCACUCCUUCGCGAUGCCGCCAAGGCAAAGAGCAAGCCGCCCUUGAAAGAGUCUCCGCACAUACGUUUGUACGCUCUUGGCGUACACCUUCUCGAUCACAAAGACCAAGUCCACAACUUGUUUAGCCAUUAUACGACAGACAAGAAACUCGACAGUCGGCGACGUUCGCGGCAGUCGCCACGAACCUCAGCUUCGUCUUCUUGCUCUUCGACCAACCGAAAUGCAUCCGUCAAGCGGAGCUUGCAUGGGAAAUCCAUGUCAUAUGAUGCGACAGACUUCCGGCAAUUCGCCCAAAGCCAAACCAAGCCCACGUCAGUGCGGACAACGAUCAAGCAUCUCCGGCGAAAGUUCAUGGCUCACGACCAGAACGACUUCGCGCCGCUUGUUGAAGUGUCUCGGAAAACCGCCACGCCCAUCGACAAGCAUAACACGGUGCGGCCAGGGGUGUCGCCCAUUCGGGCCCACAAGUCUCCCACGCGACUCCACGUCGAAGUUGUCCCACGGCGACCGUCAUUGUAUGCGCCCGACAUUGGCGACGACGACGAAAUGACGCCACGACUCAGUGGAGACCGAGAUGUGCCCGAAACGACGACGAUGCAACCAACCUCCAAAGACCGAACGUCUUCGCCGCGUGAAAAGCGAAGUCCGGGAAAAAGCGAUGUCGACGCCGUGGCGGCCGAUAUCGUGGCCGCGGCCGAGAAGGCCAAAGUUCUUCAGCUCACAGAGCAGAUCAACAUGCUCAAGUCGACGCUUGGACUCACCGACGAAGACUUGCAGUGGAAAGUCGAGAGCGCCAAGUCGAAUGCAUUUAUGCUGGCCGACAAACACUUGGCCACCGCCGAAGAAGAGUACGACAGGUUGCUGUACGAGCAGUCGCUGUGGAUCAGCUGUCCAUUUGAAGAUUGCACCAAAGAACUGGCACCGCUUCUCAAGGCGCUGAGUGCCCAAGCCAAGGAGGCGGCGGAGACGAAAGCUGUGAUGCUUGUCGCCCAGCAAGAAGUCAAUUCGACCAAGAAAUCCCUCUUGGAUGCCCGAGUCGAUGCUGAAAUGAAGCGCGCACGAUCCAACAGCCCUCCGCGACGCGAAAGUGUGCUUACUCGAGACUGCGUCGACUAUCAAACAGCCCUCGGGGACCAAAAGAAAGAACUGUUGGUCUUGCAAGAAAAAUUCAAAGCAGGAGUCCUGAAACAAGAUGCUCUUCAGAAGCAAGUCGUGGCCGCGACGGAAGCCAUGGUGGCGUCGUUUGGGGCGCAAGCGGUGAGCUUCUCCACGAUCGAAAUGGCCGACAACGCGCGCGAGUUGAUGGAGCUCGUGCAUUCGCUGGGUCAAACGAGCGGCGAAGAUUUGGUGGGGCUGUGUACAAAGGCCACCGCGGUGUGCAAACUGUUUCACGGAUACCAAGCCAAGGAGUUGUCUCGAAAGGAGCGAGAGAUCAACGCCACACUGAAGCAAAUGGAGAUUUGGCGGACUCGUCGUGAACAAUCCAAAGAAUACGCGGUGGAAAUGCGGCGCAUGGAGGUCGAAUGGAAGGCGCAGCAUGCUGCGGAGAACCAGACGUGCUACGAACGACUAUGCUCGCUCAUUCCAGACACGAUCACGUCCAUGUCAGUGGAGCAGCUCUUGGACGCUGCGAAGGCAGCAGGGGUGUUAUACACGCGAGAUUUGGCCAAUUACCUCAAGCAAAACAAGUUUCUCCAAUGGAUCGUCACCCACGAACGGGACAAGUCCCGCGACAACUUUCUCACGGGCGACACGGCGCAGUGUUUUGCUAACUUUGAAGCGUUUGACGUGACUGAAAUGCGAGGUCUCUUUGUGGCGCUUCCAGACAUGUUCGAGUUCGACAAGGACGGGCGCAAGGCCGAGUGGCGCAGUGCGUUUGUGGCCCAUUUAAAAAUGCUCGUGCAGCAGCAGCGCGGCGAGUGCGUCAAGGCCGGGUGGGACCCAGUCAAGGGAGCGCGCGCUGAAGUCAAACUCAAACCUCCGACAGAAAAGCAGCUCUUGAACCCCAUGUACCGAUAUCCGACGGAAGUCGAGAUCAAGCAGCGCCUCGAGCGCUUCGAAACACAGGCAAAGCGCCUGGCUCAAAAGAAAGCGCGCAUGCAAGUCCUCAUUACCCAGGACAUCCCCAUGGCCAAAAAGGAAUACCACGCUGUGGCCGAAGAUGCCCGAUCGGAAGACCUUCUGCGCCAGUUUGGCAAGCCAGCCCUCAUCAAGCUCCGAGACGAGUCCAAGAAAGUAUACCAGUCGCUGUGUAAGGAGUGCGACACCCUUAAAGGGGAAGUGGCCGUCGGCGAGCGCGCGGCGCAGAUCGCAUGCCCCACUUACGAGCAAUACGUGGAUGAGAUCGCUGCGAUUCGGCAGUUGGCGCCCGAGGUGCGCGCGGGAGUGAUCAACGGACCAUUCGAUGCGCAUCCUGUCGUCAAACCCAAGGAACGCGCUGUGCACAAGAAACUGUCGGCCGAAGAAGAGGCGGUGGCGAGGAAGCACGAGCUCAGCCAUGCGAUCGCAGAACGCACGAGGGAAUUCCACGAUCUGAAUAAGAACACGGACGACGAAUCCACACCGCCUGCCCUCACGGACGCCACGACUCCAGACGAUGGCGCGCCGGUGGCUAGUCGCAAGAUGUCGCUGUCUGAGGCACCCAUGCUCACCGCCGCCCAGACAGUCGUGACUCUGUCCAAGACGAUUCGCGCCGUAAAAGCGUCCCCGGCCGUCCUGUCUUUCCUUCAAAAUGACUUUUGCAACAAGCAACGACGGCGGCCCUCCACUACAAGCCCCGUGAAGCCAACGACUUCGCUGCCCAAGAUGGGCGUCAUUCUCGACGGCGACGAAAUGCAGGACGAAGGACCAGCGCCGCCUCCCGAUGCCGCCGCCAUGCCCAAGUCGCAUGCGCUUAUGAAGCUCAUGGGUAUGGCCACCAAGCCCGUUCUGGCCAAGCGUCCAUCCAUGCUCCAUGAUCCCAACCUCCUGGAAGACUUGUCCAAACCAAACAUGAUGGCCGAAAUUCAGCGGCGGCGGUCAAGCAAAGGGACACCGCCAGCAUCGCCUAUGGGGAAGAAACCUGGCGUGAACUUCCUGGAGGAGCUCAAACGUCGCGCGGAAGGGAAGAAUCCCGGAAUGGAAGACAAGGUGGAGGCGGGUGCACCAACACCCCAACCAAGUGUGGCGGUACCGACCAAGCCCAUGAGCUUCCUCGACGAACUCAAGAUGAAAUCGAAAGCGAAGGACUAGAUGCUGAUUAACUCAAGGUGCCCGCACGACGCGCCGCGAGGAUUGCUGCAUGUCGUUUCUGUACGUAGAAGACUUGUGAGGUGAAUUUAUGAAGGGUGACAGGGAUACCUUCUU